CCCCCGCUCCUCGUGGGCGCGUCGACUGGACGCUCUGUUUUUACCUCAUUUCCGGAGCACAUCCCUCGUUAGAAGCUUGCAGUAGGGUGGAUUCGCCUAGUGUGGGCGGCCGGAGACCACUGUGAUUUAACUGUUUAUUCCUUUCACCCUCCUGGCCCGGUACCAUGGGAGUGACUUGUGUGUCCCAGAUGCCUGUGGCUGAGGGCAAGAGUGUCCAGCAGACGGUGGAGCUCCUCACCCGGAAAUUGGAGAUGCUUGGGGCAGAGAAGCAAGGAACAUUUUGUGUGGAUUGUGAGACCUACCACACAGCUGCCUCCACUCUUGGCAGCCAAGGUCAGGCUGGGAAGCUGAUGUACGUGAUGCACAACUCAGAGUACCCUCUGAGCUGCUUCGCCCUCUUUGAGAAUGGCCCUUGGCUUAUUGCCGACACCAACUUCGACGUGCUCAUGGUGAAACUCAAGGGCUUCUUCCAGAGUGCCAAGGCCAGCAAGAUUGAGACACGGGGUACCCGUUACCAGUACUGUGACUUCCUAGUAAAGGUGGGCACAGUCACCAUGGGGCCCAGUGCCCGGGGAAUCUCCGUAGAGGUGGAGUAUGGCCCCUGUGUGGUAGCUAGCGACUGCUGGAGCCUGCUGCUCGAGUUCCUACAGAGUUUUCUAGGCAGCCACACACCAGGGGCUCCCGCAGUGUUUGGGAACAGACACGAUGCCGUCUAUGGCCCAGCAGAUACCAUGAUCCAGUACAUGGAACUCUUCAAUAAGAUCCGCAAGCAGCAGCAGGUGCCAGUGGCUGGGAUUCGUUAGUGACUGGUGGCUGCCUAGCUGAGCUCUGUCACCAGGGGGUCGGUACAGGAAGAUCAAGGGCUGCACCCUGAGACCCCUGGACCCCAGAAACCCAGGGUAGACAUGGAGGCUUCUCUCCCUCCUCUCAGCUAUGACUUUUGUUCUGGGGAUCUGGACUCCCCUCCCCUGACCCUCACACACAGCCCCCCGGCAGCUGCUUCACCCUACGCCUUACUGGACUUGGCCUGUUCUCAAGAAUGGUAAUUACGAAGAAUGGAGAAGUGUGGAGCUUUCCUGCUUUAGGGAAAAGGUAGGACAGGGCUGUCCCUGCCCAGUGUUGGUGGGAAAGCAGUCUGUAUCUCCAGCUGUUGCAGAUUUGGCCUAGGUCCACAGUGGAUGGACUGGGCUGUGCUGUGCUGGGCUGUAAUAAAGGCCUCUUCCUCUACUCCAGGGAUGCAGUUGGGCCUCUCCUGGAGAAGGAGUAGAAGGCAUAACUUGGUGUGAUGGCUGUCAUUUCUUGACCUGUUUGCUGAAGUGAACUGUGAGUUGACUUUUCUAGGAUACUGCCGGAGUACUUUGGAGUCUCCCUCUGGCAUCUUUCUGUUCUGUUGUGAAUGAGGUUGAGCUGUAAGCCAAGCUGCUGUAACAAAGAGAACCUAAAGUACAGUGGCUCCUGGUAGAAGGUUCUUCUCUCUUCUGAUAGUACAGAUGUAAUCAAAUGGUCUGGGGCAGAUUUAAUUAUACACGGUCACCAGGACCUUGGGUUCCUUCUGUCUUGUUCAGCCAACUUUGGGGUAUUGACCUUGCCCACCAGGUCAAAGCAGACUCAUCAGUUCCGUGUCUGCAAUACACCAGGGAAAGAGAGAGCAAAGCACUUUCUUUUUAAAGGAUAUGACCUGGAGUCCCUCAAAUCAUUGUGGCCACACUUUGCUGAAAGGGGCGCUGGGACAUAGAGCCUCUUACUUCAGUGACCAUGUGUCCAGUUAAAACCCCGGGGCUUCCAUGACUAAAAGAUGAAGGAGAAAAUGGAUGUGGGGGCCUAGUCAGGGGCCUCUGCUACAUGGAGCUCAAUGGAUGUGCCCAGGAGGGCCCUUGGUGGUUAUUUUGGAGAGCACCCCCGGUAACGGAGUUAUUUGUCAGUCGCAUUGGGUUAGGGCAGGUGCCAGAGCCACUCGUGAGUUUCCCUGGCUUAGUCACGCUGGGUAGUCCGUUCCGCCCCCCUUGCCUAAGGGUUCACGGCUUCCUGAGCUCUUUGUCCUUGUUUCAUUUGAGGCUCCAAGCUGCUCAUUGAACUUACAUCGCCUGCUCAACCAACUCAGGCUACAGAAAUGUUCACUUGGGCUAACAUUGAUAUAUACAGGCAGGAAUGGUCUGAGGAAACACUUUAACGAAUUUUACCACAGAGCUGUCCUCAAGGAUACUGUCCCUCACUGCAGGUACCUCAGAGAAAUUAGUUUUAGAUCAGAUGCCUCUGCAACAGGAAUCGGGAGACCGUCACAUUUCCCUUGUAGAUUUGGCUGGCAGGAAGCUCGGUUAACUUCAACUGCAGGACCUGCUGCCUGUACUUUUUGUUUUCCUUUGCCCCUGGCAUUUUUGUUUGGUUCUUUCUUCUGUUUUUGCUUUUUAAAAUUGAGGUGUGUUUUAGAUGUCAUUUACAGACAAUAAAAUGCAUACAUAGA